UUUCGUGCUCUUAACGGUCCUCACUCACUCGAGCUCUCCUCACAACACAGCCGCCUCCAAGCAGGAAUCACAGCGUCCAGUCAUCAGUCGUCCUUCGUCCUUGUCUUUUAUAGCUACGUGUUCGCGCCGCGUGUCCGUUCGUGCUCGAUAAUUGAAAAUGAAGUACUUCGUUGCCAUCGCUCUGCUGUUCGCCGCCGCCCAGGCCGUUCCCAUCGAGCUGGGUCACUACGCCCCGGUGGUGCACCAUGCGCCCAUCCUGUCGCACGCCGUCCAUGCCGUCCACGCCGAGCCGGUGGCCUACCCCAAGUACUCCUUCAACUACGGCAUCAAGGAUCCCCACACCGGCGACAUCAAGUCGCAGGCCGAGGAGCGCGACGGCGAUGUGGUGAAGGGCCAGUACUCCCUGGUGGAGCCCGACGGUUCGGUGCGCACCGUUGACUACACCGCCGAUGAUCACAACGGAUUCAAUGCCGUCGUCCACAAGACCGCCCCCACCAAGAUCAUCGCCCAUGCGCCCGUGAUCCACGCCGCCCCCGUGCUGGCCCACGCCCCCCUGCUGCAUCACUACUAGAAAAGCGGGAGCCUGACUUAGUCACCAAGGUGCUCUCCCUCUCGCUCUCAUCCAUCCACAACCACAACAGCAACAUCAUAGGAACAACAAACAGAAAAACGAAAAGAAAACCAAAAAAAAAAAAAACAAACAAACAAACAAACAAUUAUCGAAAAACCGACAAGCAACGAACAUGAAAAUUCUUUUGUAGGUAAGCGUAGCUAAGAGUUUAGUAGACACGGGGCCGCCUUAGGGGGCGUGUCCCGGCACCCGGCUGAUCCUGGCAUGGCACAAGGACGAAGGAAAAAACGAAAAUGAAAACACAAAUUCAUAACGACUUGGCAUUCGGAAUGACUUGAUCGCGGAUGACAAACCCACAAACGGAUAACAAUUGGAGCUGGAGUGACAAAGUCCUUCCGCACGAUAAAUGUUAUAAUUUUUUUUGUAUAUUUGUAUGUACGAUUAACCAGAACCGAUUUUCCUGGCAAACUUUUGCACGCAAACCCACUUCAAGGACGUCAAAGGCUUCUCUUAGGACUUCUCCUCACUCUGUACAUAGAACUUUAUUUAUAUACUUAGAUCUUUCACUUUUCCAAGCUCAACUUUUGUAAUAUAUUUAUCACUGUCUCUCUUCUACGCUUCGUUUUCCCCUUCCUCAACUAUCUUCUUUAGAAGCCUUUGCAGUGACUGCCAAACUGUGGACAGCAUCCUUAAACUGGCACGCCCUUUUGCGAGCAACGGUGGGCGUGCCAACUUGUGUGCCAUUGCGGGAUUGCUGACAGGUUGGCAGGUCAAUAUUUAGUCCUUGAAGGGAUUGGAUCAAAGAUUGCCGGCGAUGGGCCGGUCAUUGUGCAUUAGUAGCUAGUACUCUAGAACUCCCCAGCUGUUAUCCUCGUGACCUCAUGCCGCCUCUUUCUUCCACUCUCACCCGUCUCACUCACUCACUACUCACUCUCAAUCUCUCUCCUUCUCUUACUAUAUCUCUCACUCACUCACUCUCAGUCUGACACCUUUGUAUCUAGUUUCAUUUUUGCAUUUAGUAUUUGUCACAUUUAUUGUGUAUUUAUAAACAAUUAUGCAGCUUAAUUUUAAACAACAAACGAUGAAAAAACGUAAAAAAAAAUCAACAAAAAAAUAAACAUUGUACUCAAUUAGGAGAUUAAACGAAAAGUAAACAAACUCUCACAUGUCUCUCACGUCUCAAAAGUUCAUUUGAGUCUUACACUUAUGUACUAUAUAUUCCCCAUAAACAUUUGUAUGCAAAAACAAGAACAACAACAGCAGCAAACAGCAAACGAAAUGCGAAAACGUUAUUAUGGAAAUAGAAAGAAAAAACUAAAAAAAAAAAUAAAUAAAAAAUCAUAUUUAAAAAAAAAA